AUGUCUUUCACCGACAACGAUGUGUGCGAUCAAGUGGCCGUCAUCGCCUACGAUCUGGACUCUGCCCUCAACACGGUACCUUCCUGUCUCCAAACUCUUUUGGAGCAAAACUAUCCACUCGCGAUGCUGAAAGAGGAGAAGAUCAAGGAGUUGGUUGCCAGAUACAUUCAGUGCCCACAAGUCGGAAACUUGGCGAGAAGAGUGAUUGGAAAGAUCAAUAUUAUGGAGCAGAAGGAGUCAAAUAAAAGAAUGAGAAGAGCCGCAAGCGUGCCUGGAGUACGGAAUCGUCAUCAUCUUCGUCUACCGAUGAAUUCUCAACCUGUGCCAUGCAAUACGACUGGAUCGUCUUCUCGUCUCCCAUCCGUACAACCAACUUCUGUUCAACAUGAAACGAAUUUCGUGCGCCGAGUCACGUCUUCCAACUCUCCUAACGCCAUGCUCUCAAAAAGAACUGAUGUCGCCCUCAACUCAAAGAGGACGUCAUCCAAUUCGCCACCUUCGAACGACGAACUAAUGGGAUUGAUUGCCUCCAAGAGAACGAACCCAGCAAAGUUUGUGCCAAAAUCGAAAACAGUGCUCACCAAUUCUUCCUCCAACUUCAAGAAUAUUCCAAUUUCCGCUCCAAUAAAGACAUCACCAGAACUGAAGAAAGCCGAGAACGAUCGAAUGGAGAGAAUGAUGAUGGCACGACGUGAAGUGAAGAAAGAGGCGGAAAAGAAAGCAGAAGAAGGAGUCAAGAGUGUCAAACAGAUGUUGAUGGAGGCUCGAAAUCAAAGAAUCGCUGAAGCUCAGAAAGCAAAAAGAAGUGGAUCGUGGGAGGAGCCGGAACAACCGAAAGCCAAGAAGGGACGCUAUCAAAACAAGUAUCGCUAA